GCACGAUCACGUCGAGCAGCUUUGGACAACACGUUAAUUUACGUUGUUGUAUUGUCGUGCGUCGAUUUUGGCGUUUGCGUUUCCUUGCCUUUCACAGUAAUAGAUCAGAUACUCGGAUUCUGGAUGUUCGGUACGGUGAUCUGCAAAUUUCAUGCGGUGCUUGAGAAUUUCGGUAAAAUUCUCUCAUCGCUGAUCAUCACUGCAAUGUCGUUCGAUCGCUACGUUAGCGUAUGCCAUACGCAAAAAAAUUUUCUUCGAUCCAGACGUCUAGCAGUUUCUAUUCUUAUCGGUCAUUUCUACGCAAUCUCUUUAAUACUCAAAAUCAAACAUUUCCGCUUAUGCCUCAUUUGGCUUGCACUCCAGUCUCCAGUCUGUCUUCUGGAAAAAAAGUGUUUCCUGAAGAAUCUAGUUGCUGCUGAUUAA